AAACUUCAGUCCCAAUUUAUGACACUUGUCAAUUUCACGCGCAUUCGCUCUAAAUUUCCUCCUCCUUCGGUUUAGAACUCGUCUUUCUUUUCCUUUCCAGUUUCCAUCUUUGGAGUUUUCACCCUAAAUUACCGAUGGAUUUCGAUCAAGAUCAGUCGAAAAAUGUGGUCCCGGAAGCCAAAGGAUUCAAUCCAGGAUUGAUUGUGUUGCUUGUUGUUGGUGGGCUAGUGUUGGCAUUCCUUGUUGGCAAUUAUGCGCUCUACAUGUAUGCCCAAAAAACACUUCCUCCGAAGAGAAAGAAGCCCAUCUCGAAGAAGAAGAUGAAGAGGGAAAAAUUGAAGCAAGGUGUAUCAGCACCAGGCGAGUAGAACAUUUGGUAAUGGUGCUGAUGUAUGCCUGUUGUUGACGACUUUUGUCUAGAUAGCCUCUUUUCACUCUUCCAUCAUACAACUUCACCUUUAUAUUUAGAACCUAAGACUAUUGUUUAUUUGUUCCUCGUAAUUGUGUGGAAGCAAGCAUGUUAAAAAGGCUUUAACUUGCGUA